AUGGCACACGACCUGCCAGCACGCACGCUGGCGUCGUCUUCUACCGCCACCACCUCCCCUCUCUCGGCGCCCACAGCCUUCUCCACCCCUUCCCUCGCCAACCUCACCGCCCGGCACAUCCAAGACUACUCGGAUGCCUCGUCCCUCGAGCCGCACUGGGGCUACUACGACCGCGUGGUGCCAUGUACAAACGACGCGGGGUCCUGCGCGUACUUGGACGAAGUGUACAGCUCGCACGACCGAGGCAUGUUCUACGCUGGCGCCAUGUGGAUGGUUAUCUUUGCCAUCAUCACUGUGUUGGCCGUCGCUUCAAGGAGUCGCUGGCGGGGACGCAAGGUGCGCGGCGUCGCGUCUUGGGUCCGACGAUGGGGACUGCCCGACUCGCGCAUCGUCGCUGCGAGUAGGUUACAAGUGACCAUGCUCGCUGCCGCGCUGGUCUACCUGGCCAUCUUCUCCUUUAUUGGCAUCAGCUACAAGCACUGGGUCACGCCCGUCAAGAACACGACGUUGACCAACUAUCGCUCGUCGCUGGGCCCCUUUGUCGACCGCAUCGGUAUCUUGAGCUACGCCCUCACUCCGCUCAGCAUUCUGCUGGCUAGCCGCGAGAGCCUCUUGUCGGCGGCCACGGGCCUGCCGCAUACCGCCUUUGCGUUCCUCCACCGCUGGACGGGCCAUGUCAUUCUCCUCCAGGCAGUCGUGCACACCAUCGGCUGGUGCGUCAUUGAGAUUGCACUGUACCAGCCCCAGCCGACCACUGCCAUUGCAUGGAUCAAGCAGACGUACAUGGUCUGGGGCGUGGUCGCGCUCAUCCUGCUACUCUUGCUGUGGAUCCUCGCCACACCGUGGGCGCGGCGUGUGAUGGGCUACGAGGCGUUCCGCAAGGCGCACUACAUCCUCGCCAUGCUCUUCAUCGGCGCAUGCUGGGGCCACUGGGCGCAGCUGAAAUGCUUCAUGAUCCCCUCGCUGCUCUUCUGGUUUGCGGACCGCGGCGCCCGGUUCGCUCGCACCGCGCUCAUCCACUACCGCGUCCUCCCGACCGGUGGCGCGUUCACGACCAUCCCGGCCAAAAUCACCCAGUACGGCGACUGCGUGCGCCUCGACCUCGACGCGUCUACAACCACCGCCAUGGCGACCGACUUUGACGUCGGACAGCACUUUUACCUCACUUUUCCCCAGUGCAGUAUCUGGCAGUCGCACCCGUUCACCCCGCUGUCGCUCCCCGGCCGCCCGCAGUCGUACAUUAUCCGGUGCAAGCGCGGCGAGACGCUCAACCUCGCCAGCCUCACCCUCGACACGACCCCGACAGUCAUCUGCGGCCCGUACGGCAGCGACACGCUCGCGCCCUUGUCGCGCGACUCAAACGUCCUCGCCAUCGCGGGCGGCACGGGCAUCACGUUUGUGGUCCCAGCCGCGAUCCGCGUCGCGCAGCUCGUAUCGUCCGGCCGCGCGUCGGGCAAAGUCACACUCGUGUGGAGCGUGCGCCACGCGCGCGACGUCAGCUGGUGUGCGCGCGAGCUGGCCGAGCUCGCCGAGCUGGGCGCCGACAUCCGCAUUCACGUUACGAGGGGCAAGGACGAGGCGGGCAUCGACGACGGCGUCGACUUUGACGGCGACGAGUCGCUCGCCAGCCUCGCUACGGCCGCGGAGAGCGGCCGCCCAGAUGUACGGGGGACAGUGGAGCGGUUUGUCUCCCGCGUCAAUGUCGGACCGACGACGGUGUUUUGCUCGGGUCCGUCUGGGAUGGUGCGCGAUGCCCGCGCCGCUGUGGCUGGUGCGAAUGACCCCAAGCGUGUCUGGGCUGGAGAGGAGGAGAGGGACGUGUCGUUGGUUGUCGAUGACCGUUUCGAGUAG